CUAGCUUUGUUUGACUGUUGACAUAUUUUAAACUUUAACGGUAUUUUCGGGUUUUCGAAUAUUUUUCCCGAAAGUAUAUGUCUGUUAUAUUCGUAAACUUUAGUACUGUUUUCUUUAGGAUACAAAGCAACAUAUACAUUAUCAUUAAUAAUGGCGGUGGCAUUGACACCAACAAGAAAACGAUUAGUACGAGAUUCUUCAAAUGAUAUUUCUUUAAAUAUGACUCUUCAUAGCAUUCAAAAUGAUGAAGAAGAGCGCCACCAAAGACGUCAAAGUCUUGCACCGAAACAUGUUUCCUCGAAUAAGAAAAAUAUCAGUCAAGAAGAAGCUAAAAAUCACUAUGAAUUGUGUAAAAAAAUGUUUUUUGAGAAUAAAAUAACCCCAAAAAAUGCUUGGGAUUUACGUAUAAUUUAUUUUUUCACAAGCGUAGUUGAUACGAAUGUGUCAGAAAAGGAUCAUUUUCAACAAGUGGCUUCAACACUUGAGAUUUGCACCAAAGUAUAUUCCUGUAGGGUUGAUGAUUUACAUGCAGAAGGUGUUAAAUUAGCUAAUACAUUAGCUUCACAAGAAGAUUUAGGUGAAGAUAACCAGGAAGAUGAUAAUAACGAUAAUCAAAGAGGUUCGAAAAGAAAGUCGAAGAAAAAGCGUUCACGCCUAGCUGCUAGCAAUACAGAGUGCAUAGCCAAGGAGAUGGAGUCGUUAUUAGGGCCGAUACCGAAAAUAUCUGGAGUGCCGUUCAACAUCGAAACAAAAGGCGAUCCAGAACGAACAGUAAACCUUUAUACAAACACUGUUCCUUUUGAUCAAUCGUACAAAGAACAUUUAAACGACAAAGAAGCGGCUUGCUUUUUAACGUAUAAUUUAAAAGACGAUGAUCCUAACGCAGAAAUUAUUACUGAAGAUGCGAUUGAGAAAGUCGUUCCGAAAGUUAAAGGUUUAAGACUCUGCGCUGAAUUUGAGAAUUUCGAGGUGAAUGUUGUUGACUGUGAUUUAAAUACUACAAGAGGUACAAAUUUAAGUUUUGACCAACCCAACAUAACUCAACAUCAAUCCGUUUUCGAUCAACAUGGUCACCCCAUAGUCACUCUUGACGGUUCCAUGCACGACAUUUUUGAUAAUCAAGACGACGGCGGCUGCGAUAAUGCUGGUAGUGCAGAGGAUGGCGUAGUGAUAGAAGAAGUAGAAGGUCGUCUUGCGAACGGUCUCGAUACGGUAUACCAUGAGGUGCAUGUAGUAUCGUUUUGCCCAGGAGGUGAAAAAGUUAGCGAACCUGUAUCAACAGCUAAUGAUAUGAAAGAAAAUGUUUCUCAAUGGCUUAAUACAAUGUUGGUGGGACCAAGUCAUUGGAAGAAUAAGUUAUUGAAGAGGUCUGUGUCAAGAUACUCUGGUGCGGUAGAAGAAAAAAAGCCGAUGGCAAGACGUCGUGUAGAAAAAAAAAUUGAUCAAGAAAUCGACUUUUUUGGAAGUCCACCUAAAAUAGAUUUUAACGCUAAAGUGAAAGUUCUAAAUCGAACCAAUACCGACGAAUCGAAAUUUAUUUUACCAAAAAACUAUUUAAAAAGAUGCAGAAAUAGUGAUCUGCUUAUGUUGAUGAAUUACAUCCCCGAGAAAACUUACAGCGCUCCUAAAGAAAAUCUUAAAGAAAAUGACGAAGAAGCAAACGUAUUCACUCACGAAUGCAACGAUUAUAAUUAUGAUAAUUUAAAUGAUUCUCAAUAUUGUUUGGCUGGGAAUAAUGAAGAAAAUGGUCAUGAUGAUGCACCUCUUAAUGAAAAUGAUAACGAAACGAACAUUCAAAAUUCAAAUUUAUUGAAUAACGUUCAAAAUGAUUUACUUGGACAAACAAUGGAAGAGGAAGUAAGAAAUUUACACAUCGCCGACCCAGCCAAUUUGUCAAUAGAUGCUGUGGUUGACGUCUUUGAGUUACCGCCAUACGCAAUGAAGUCAAAAAAGAUAAAUAUGAAACGGAUAAAAGCGACUAUGCUGAAGCUUUUAGGAGAAAGCGGAGUGUUAUUAGAGAAAGUUGCCAGCGAUGAUUUAGAGCAUUUAAAAAUUCAACGAUUUUCUUCGGUGUACAGCGAUUUAACUCGAAAUCUUCCCGUGAAUAUGUCAAAGGAGAUGACCCCUGCAAUCGCAUUUUUCGCUAUAUUACAUUUAACCAAUGAAAAUGGAUUACAUUUAAAACCAUCUAUGGAUCUUAAGGACGCUUUCAUUUCGAAUGAAAUACAUGUUCAGCCACACACAAGGAAAUGAAUGUUUAGUUUACAUUACACAUGUAGAAUAUAAAGAAUGAUCUGUCGGUUCACUUCUUGUCAACUGUCGAUACAUUAUAAAUACUAAAUAGAUAUAA